AUGGCCGCUCCUCUCUUCUCGCCCGACCUCCUCUCGCCUGAGGUGCAGGCUGCCCUGCCCGAGGGGUACGUCCUGCGCGCCUUGCGUCGCGACGAUCACGCCUCGGGUUUCCUCGACUGCCUGCGCGUCCUGACCACGGUCGGCGAUGUUACCGAGGAGGGCUUCCAGCAACAAUUCGAUACCAUGGAGAAGCAGGGCGGGUACUACCUCAUUGUGAUUGAGGACACCAGCUUGACGGAGAACUCCGUUGUUGCAACAGGCGCGCUGAUCGUCGAGAGGAAGUUCAUCCACAACCUCGGAGCGGUCGGACACAUUGAAGACAUUGCGGUCGCCCGCAACCAGCAAGGCAAGAAACUUGGUCUCCGCCUGAUCCAAGCGCUCGACUUUGUCGCCGACAAGGUCGGCUGCUACAAGAGCAUCCUCGACUGCAGCGAGGCGAACGAGGGCUUCUACAUCAAGUGCGGCUUCCGGCGAGCGGGCUUGCAGAUGGCGCACUACUACGAGAAGAAAUAG